AUGCCCAAAUAUAACCUAUUUGGCGAAGGUUCGGGUUGGGACACUUGUCCGGGGUCCCUUUCCUUUGUGACCGUCGGCUGGAGCGGAGUGUGGGGCGUGAACUCCCGAGGCGUCGUCUUCUACCGUGUCGGCACAUACGGGAAGGAGAGCCACUUCGGAACGGAGUGGAAACCGAUAGACGGAAACCUUGUGCAGAUCAGUUCCGGAAAGGGCAUUGUGUGGGGAGUCGACAGGAGAAACCAGGUCUACGCGCGAAUCGGUAUUACAGUGCAGAAAGUGUAUGGCAGUUCUUGGAGGGUGGUCACGGGACGGCCCCUGAAGUCAGUGUGCGUCAGUUCCUCAAGCAACUCUGUCUGGGGCAUCUGCCCUUGUGGUACCAUCUGGAGACGGACAGGAAUAACCGCCAGGAACCUCAUUGGAACGGGCUGGCAACUGAUACCCGGCGGAUCGACCAUCCGAGGCGGCCUAUCGUAUGUGUCGAUCGGGUACUGCGGCGUGUGGGGAGUGACAUCUAGCGGUGCGAUCUGGUACCGCAUCGGCACCUACGGAGGCACAGGUUCGGCUGGAACACGCUGGGUCCAAGUCACGGGCUCCCUGGUCAGCAUCAGCGUGGGGUACAACGUGGUGUGGGGAGUGAGCGCCAUUGGACAAGUCUUCAUCAGAAUCGGAAUAACGGCCAAAGUACCACAGGGAACCGCCUGGCGAUUGGUCGGAGGAAGCCUCACUCAGAUCUACGUCAGUUCGUCGUCCAAUCGCGUCUGGGGAUGCGGACUGAGUCAUCACAUCUACCUCCGUGUAGGAAUUACAUGGAGCCAAGGACCUGUGGAUAUUCCUGAGCCCACUUGCCACUCAAAAGCGGACAUCCAUGUCCUAGUGGACGGAUCUAAGAGUGUGAAGACGCGUAACUUCCCCGCAGUACGACAGUUCAUCCUGAAACUGGCGGCAGGGUUCGAGAUAGGACCCAACAAGGCUAGAAUCGGCGUGUACCAGUUCGCUAAGGACAUGCAAACGGAGUUCAAGAUGAACCAGUACAAUAAUAGACAGGCCUUGCUGGAUGCCAUCAAGAAGAUUGAAUACAUGAAUGAAUUUCACACCAAAACCGGACAGUCCCUAAAGGCUGUUUACGACGAGUUCACCAGAGCCAAUGGUGCACGGGAUGGUGUUGAAAAGAUCAUCAUCUUAAUAACUGACGGGAAGGCCACCGACCAAGUGAACGAGCCUGCGCAGUACGUGAAAAACAAGGGUGCGCACGUGUUCACUGUGGGCGUGGCCAAGUACAAAAUAUCUGAACUCAAGCUCAUCGCGUCGAAUGACGACUACGUGGCCACGGCUGAUGAUUUUGAAGACCUGGACCGGAUCAGAGACAAAGUGCUGGAAGUCGUUUGUCAAGCUGACAAGGGCAAACGUAACAUUGGAGCCGAGGUCGAGAACGGACUGCAGUACCUGAAGAGCACGGCAGAGGCGCUGAUGGACGACCUGGAGGGACGGAAGAACCUGGGCCUGGAAACAACACAGACGGAGACUGGGGAGGAUGCUGCUAUGCAGCUCAUAGAGACGUUAGAUUCCAUGUCCGAGCUGACGGCCGAUGCCAUCGAGGCGGGGGAAGAAGCCACCAAGAAAGUGUCAUUCGUCCUCAACGAGAUUGAUCGACAACUGCAAGACAUCCGGGACCUCACGGACAUCCGGGACCCGUCGGACAUCCGGGACCUCUCCAACAUCCGGGGCAUUCCAGAGCCUGAUGAGUACGAGGAAACGAAUGACCUUCACGACCCUCAGCCUGACGGGAUGGAAGAGUUCCUGAACGUUCUCGAUGCAGAUCUAGACAUGCUGGAGGAAAUCCGUAACCUUCGAGUUGACGAGGGUCUUGAACUUGAAGGGUUGGAGGAGGACGAGGAUCUUGAAGUUGACGGACAGAAGGAAGAGGAGGCACAUGAACUUGAACCACUGGAGGAAGACGAGGGCCUUGGACUUAACGGACUGGAGGAAGACGAGGGCCUUGGACUUAACGGACUGGAGGAAGACGAGGGCCCUGAACCUGACGGACUGGAGGAAGACGAGGGCCCUGAACCUGACGGACUGGAGGAAGACGAGGGCCCUGAACCUGACGGACUGGAGGAAGAGCAGGACCCUCAACCUUAUGGACUGGAGGAAGAGCAGGACCCUCAACCUUUUGGACUGGAGGAAGAGCAGGGCCCUCAACCUUAUGGACUGGAGGAAGAGCAGGACCCUCAACCUUUUGGACUGGAGGAAGAGCAGGGCCCUCAACCUUAUGGACUGGAGGAAGACGAGGCCUUUGGGCUUGGCGGACUGGAGGAAGACGAGGGCCUUCCCAAACCUGACAAUCUGGAAGAGGUGCUGAGAGAGAUUGAGGAGAUCAUUGAUGGAUGA